GCAGAGCCGCGCCCGGGGCCGGGCGGCCCUGCCCGCCCCACCCCCCGCGCUGCGCUGCGCUGCGCUGCGGGCCGGGAGGAGCGGUGCUGGGGGUGUGGGGCUGGCAGCAGCUGCAUGGCGCUCUGCCCGUCGCCGCGGGUGUCCAGGCCGCCUGGCGGCCCUGCCGAGUGACUCCGCGGAGCCGCUGCGGGUCAGCGCGGCGCUGCCCGCCAGAGGAGGACAAGGUGCCUGGUACACUCGUAUUUGUCUCUCGUUACAGAUGAUUGAAACCCUUGUGAGUACCGAAGCUCAGGAACUGCUGUACCAGCUCGCGGCGCUGCUGGAGCAGGAGCAGAGGUGCCAGCCGAAGGCCUCGGGCCUGCGACUGAUCGAGUCCGCUCACGACAACGGCCUCCGAAUGACUGCCCGCCUGAGGGACUUUGAAGUGAAGGAUCUCCUCAGCUUGACUCAGUUCUUCGGCUUCCAUACGGAGACGUUUUCUCUAGCUGUGAAUUUCUUAGACAGAUUUUUGUCAAAAAUGAAGGUACAGCCUAAACACUUGGGCUGUGUUGGACUCAGCUGUUUCUACUUGGCUGUGAAGGCAACAGAAGAAGAGAGAAACAUUCCCUUAGCCACUGACUUAAUUCGAAUAAGCCAGUACAGAUUCACUGUCUCUGAUAUGAUGAGAAUGGAAAAAAUCAUAUUAGAGAAGCUGUCCUGGAAAGUCAAAGCUACAACAGCCUUCCAUUUUCUACAGCUCUACCAUUCACUCAUUCAUGAGAAUUUAAGCUGUGAAAGGAGAAAGUAUCUUAAUUUUGAGAGACUUGAGACCCAGCUUAAGGCAUGCCACUGCAGGAUCAUGUUUUCUAAAGCCAAGCCUUCUGUCUUGGCACUGUCCAUUAUGGCACUAGAGAUAGAAGAACAAAAACUACUGGAGUUGACAGAGGCAUUGGAAUUUCUGCAGAUGCAUUCCAAGAUAAACAGCAGAGAUUUGACCUUCUGGAAGGAACUGGUGUUGAAGUGCCUUACAGAAUAUUCCUCGAGCAAGUGUUCCAAACCAAACGUCCAGAAAUUAAAAUGGAUUGUGUCUGGACGUACAGCACGGCAGCUUAAACAUAGCUAUUACAGAAUAACACACCUUCCUACAAUUCCAGAGACCAGCUCAUAAUAGGAGUACACUAAAAUGAAGAGAUGAGCAUCCUGUGGCCUAGUUUACAAACUGCUGAAGAUUUGAGAAAUAAAGUCUGAAACAUGAUCUAAAUGAAGAACUCAACUCAUGAAAAGAAUAUGGAAUAUUUCAGACUAAAGAUCCUUCUGGCAAAUAAGUUCUCUUCAUGAUGAUUACAACAAUGGAUAUUCAGUGUCAGUUUUUAGUCUUAUUUGUUAGAAUGUUUACUAUUCAAAGAGUGAGGCACCACAAUACUGAUACACAGAAUUCUAACACCGUGUAAUUUGUAGAGCAGCUUGUGUAAUCUAACCUUGGUUUACUGUAACCGCAGGUGCUGAAUUAGGUAUUUAAUUUCAAAAAUUUGAUCGAGUUUUGUAAGAUUAUAUGACAUUAGGAAAACAUCACGUGCAGUAGCACAGUGCUGCAGUGUUUCAAGCAAACUAAAGAUCAUCCUGUUCAGUACUAAUGAGAAUAGCAAAUGCAUGUCAGUUCACCUGACAUGCCAGUUGUGUGGUGUCAUGUGGCGUUGUGUUCUUUCUGGGCGGGGCACUGGCCAUUAAUGUAGAUACACGCUAACAACUAGGCUGUGCGGUAGUAUCUGCUGUGUGUGUCAAGUAAUUUGAGUAGGAGAAAAGGGAUGAACCUUACAUGCAAGUAGCUGACACUGCAUUAAUAACUUCAAUAUUCUCUAAGAAGUAUAGCUUACUGAGAUUGCGAAUGAUAGAGUGUAUAGAAAUACAGACUGCAAUAAAAUGAAUAUAGAAAUUUCAUGAUACAUAGCAAAGACUGAGAGGAAAGUACUGAGUCACCUGCCUCAAAUCUGAAACCAGUUUUCCAGGGUUGAACUGUACAAGAAAAAGUAAGUGGUGAUGCUGAACAGGUGCAUUUUCAUAUGCCCAGUAAGAGUGGGGCAGUCUUUCCUAUACUGGCCCAUAAGUAGGUGUGAUCUUGUUGAGAAACACUUAAGAUUGCUUUAACUGUUCUCUUUAAUGGUAAGCUUCAUAAAAUACAACUGCAUUUUCUGAAUAUUAGGUCAGUACUUGAAGAGGAGUAUCACACUUCUGGUGCUAAUGUGAAAGGGUUGAGAAUGUGUUACAGUAUGUAAGAUGGAUAGUUGUGUUGGGGGAAUGUUGCUAAUCUCUUGAAUUCUGUCACUGUGAAACAGCGGCUAUUAGUUGUAGAUUGUUAAUAACCGAUGGCCAUAUGAACUGACUUAGCAGAGAGUGAGAGAUCUGAAUGUUCUGAAUAUGGUGUGGGCCUAGAUGUUAGCCUACCAAACCUCUCUUCUUUAUAAGAGCUGAUGGGGAAAUCACGUUCCCUGCCUAUCUCAAACAAACUAUAGUUUAACACUUCACAAAAGAUUUCAUACCAAAGCUCUGUACUGAACAAAUCAAAAUUUCCCUUGAACUCAUGGGAAUGAAUGCACUGCGUGGUAUCUGAUUGGGUUAUGCAUCUUGCCAAUGCUAUCUGCACAUUGUGCUGACCUAUCAAAAACAUACAAGCAAUUCAGACAAAGAGGCUGUCAGCUUACUGGAAGAAAUCGAUAAAGAUGCAAUGUGCAAUUUAAUGGUGGUGUCAUGCCUCAAUAUUAAGAGAUGUACCUUUCAAUAAAACAUAUUGAAAUGUGA